CAGUGGAAUACAAAUGCAGCGCGAGUGAAAAAAAUCAAUUUGGUGGCACAAGCAGUGGCAAGAAGAAGAGUCAAGACGCAGAGACUUGCGGAUGAUGUGAUGAUACAGAUUAUAUAUAUAUACACAAGCUAUAUAUACAUCCCUAUGUGUGUGUUCAUCUGUUCGGUCUGGAGUUUGUGUUAUAAUUAAGGCAAUUAAAAGCGAAAAAAAACGUGGAUUUUUGCCCAGUGUGUGUGUGUGUUUAAAAAUAAGAACGAAGUUUGCUAAUAAGUAUGCCUGCGAGUCUUAUUUAAUGGUUUUAGGUUUGCUUGUGAUUUAUGACAUUUAACGGGAGUACAUAUGUGUAUAUACCAUAUAUGCACCCCCACCCCCUAUGUGUAUGUGUGUGUGUUUGUCUGUUUGUAUCUCCCUCUCACUCUGACACCCACUAAAACGCGAGGGUGACUGAAGAAAAAAACUCCACUUUUCUGUUCAAAACGAAAAAAAAGAAAUCAAAAGAAAUUGCUUAGAUAUAUGCAAAUAAUGUGCAAAAUAUAUAAUAUAUAACGAUUGCUAAUAUAUAUCUUCACCUACCCAUUCGUUUUCCAUCCAUGUCCACCCACACAAACAAACAAACAAACAAACCGCAACAACAAAACAACAAAAGAGUGACCAUGAAAAUGCCAGCGAGAAAUUCGCGAAAAUCAAUGAAUAAAAGCCAAAAAGCAACAACAUCGAGCAGCGGAUCAUAAUAAUAACUAAUAAUACUGUUAGCCAAGUGAAAUUCGAGGCUGGAAUUCGUUAUGCUGCAGUGCCCAGCGUUGGAUUAAAAACAUAAUCGGGUGGAGAUCCAGUGUUUAACCCUCGUGUUCGUCGUCCCGCUUAACCCCCUGUUGCCAGAAUGGACGGGCAGAGGGCCAGGGAUCUGCUGACCCUUUUGCAGGAACGCGUCGUCUUCUUAACCGGCGGGCGGGAUCGAAGGGGCGGUCCGCUCCUCUGCUUCCCGGCCACGCCCCGUCGGGAUCGACUGAAGCCGGAGGAUCUGCGGCGACUCCUCAGCUACCUGAUCAGCAUUCCCAGCGACGCCGCCAAGAACCUCGGAUUCACAGUCAUCAUUGACAUGCGCGGCAAUGGCAACUGCUCGACCAACGUGAAGACGAUACUGAAGGUGCUGCAGGAACACUUUAGCGCCAAUAUCCACAACGUGGUGAUCAUAAAGCCGGACAAUUUCUGGCAAAAGCAGCGUGCCUCGAUCUCCUCGCACAAGUACAAGUUCGAGACGACGACGGUGUCGAUAGAGUCGCUCAAUAAAAUAGCGGAAAGUCAUCAAUUAACCGGCGAUUUUGAGGGCCAACAGCUGUACGAUCACCAGCAGUGGACGGAUGCCCGGCUGGCCAUCGAGGAUUUCUUCUGGCAGGCCGGAGACAUGGCCGAUCGGAUCGACGAUCUGCAGGAGGACCUCAAUCGCAACGACUUUGCCGAGGACGUAGCGCUGGCCCAGCACGCCAUCGAGCAUCACAAAGAGAUGCGCAAGAAGAUCACAAAGCUGCCCAUCGAGGACCUCGACAUGCAGGGCAAGAAGCUGCUGGCCAAGAUCAACGCGGUGGCACCGCCAGGCGGUCAGCCCCCAGCCGGUUCCGGAGGUUCGGAUAUGGACUCGGGCACUUCCUCCGCCGGCCAGCAAUCUCAGCCGUCGCAGCAAUCGCGUUCGGUGAGCGGCAAUCCGGACAUGUCGGCUGCCGUGAACAAAGCCCUGCGGCAGAUCGACCUCAUCCACACGGGUCAGGAGAAGCUGCUGAUGCUGUGGCAGCACAAGAAGGUGAAACUCGACCAGUGCUUCCAGUGGCGCCUGUUCGAACAGGACUGCGAGAAGAUGUUCGACUGGAUCCUGCACAACCGCGAUGUGUUCCAGAUGAGCUACGUGGAGAUUGGCCACAAUUACUCGGUGGCCAAGUCUCUGCAGGAUGAGCACCAGAAGUUUGCCGUGGCCUCGAUGAACGUGUCCGUGAAUAUCGAUCGGAUUUUGGCGGUGGCAGCUCGACUCAUCGAAAAUCAGCACUAUGCAGCGCAGCAUAUUAAGACGCUGGCUCAGCGAUUGGACCGCACCUGGAAGGACUUUGCAGCGGGCCUGGAUGAGCGAACUGCUGUCCUGCAACUUAGUGUUCUGUUCCACCACAAGGCGGAGCAGUAUUGCAACAGCGUGGCCAGCUGGGCAGCCGCUUGUCAGGCCUCCCAGCCUCUGCCCUCGGAUAUCCAGAGCCUGGAAACGGCCAUCCGGACACACCAAUCGCUGUACGAGGCCAUGUGCCAGGCCUACACGGAGGUUCACUCGACCAGCAAGAAGCUGCUCUAUCAGUUAGACCACCUGGUGCAGGUCUGCAAUCAACCGCCGCCGCCGGGCGUACCCGAUCAUCGAAAGAAUGGUAACGGUGGCAGUUUUAACAAGUACGAGCGACAGAAUCCGGCAGCGGAUUACAGCGAAGGCGCCAGUCAUGUGCUGGCUGUGAUUCACCAGAUUCUGGGACACCAUCGCACCCUGGAGGCCAAGUGGCAUCAGGAAAGGUUGCGACUGCAUCAGACCCUAGCUCUAAGGCUCUUCCAAGAGGAUGUGAAGCAGGUCCUGGAUUGGCUGAAAAACCAUGGCGAAGUUUUCCUGAGAAAAAACACGGGUAUAGGCAGAAAUUUCCACAAGGCCAGGGUGUAUCAGACCUCGCACGAUAACUUCGAGAAUGUAGCGCAAAACACGUAUAGUAAUGCCCAGAAAUUGUUGGCAGCUGCCGACGAACUGGCCCGCAAUGGCGAAGCCGAUCCCAAUGAGAUAUAUUCUGUGGCCAGGGAGCUGGAAAUGCAGGUGGGCAGCUUUGCGGAGCGGGUGGAGCAGAGGAGGCGCCGCCUGGAGAUGGCUGUUAUUUUCUAUACACAUGAAAAGGAUGUGACCGCCUGGAUAGACAAGCUGCGGACGGAUGUGAGCACGGAUGAGACGCGUCUCUCGCAGGAGAACCUCGAGGGCAUUGAACGCAUAUUGCAGCAGUAUCAGAGGGAUCAGCAGGAGAGCUCCGUGAAUGUGUGCCUGACCACCAUUGCCCAAGGCGAAGCUCUGCUGCAGGAGAUGCGAUCCCUGGAGUAUGCCGACAAUACGGGUUCCAUUGCCGCUCUGGAGGCCACCCUCGAGAAGUUGAGCAAACAGAAACUGGAGCUGGAGGAGCUCUGGUCCGCCCGAAAGUUCCGCGCCGAUCUCAUCCUGCGUUUGCGCUAUUUCGAGCGGGACGCCAUGGAGCUGUCCUCGCAGCUGGAGAUCUGGUCCGAGGAACUGCAGCAUGCCGAUCUGUCGCGGGACUACAAGAAGGCCGAACAGCUCAUACGCAUGCACAACGAAUCGGUGACGGACAUACAGAAUAACACCUACGAGGUACUGCAGCAGGGUCAGGACCUGCUGCAGCUCUUCGAAAACGCUGGCUUCAUCUCCAUGGCGGAUGCCACGCACACGGCUCAGGCUAGGAUUGAGUAUCUGCUGGACUUCUUGCGGGAAAGGGAGAUCGAUCUGGAGGAGAUGUCCGAGGCGAAGCGGGCCAAGCUCGAGCAAGCGGUGCAGCUGUGUCAAUUCCAGAACGAUGCCAACCAGGUGAUUUCGUGGAUCCGCAAUGGAGAGGCCAUGCUGAUAGCCAGCUUCGUCACGCCGAACAGUUUGCAGGAGGCGGAGCAGCUGCGCAAGGGACAUGAGCAGUUCCAGAUUGCCAUUGAAAAGACGCACACUUCGGCGGUGCAGGUGAAGUACCGAGCGGAUGCCCUGAUCAAUGCCAACCACUACGAUCCGCAGUCCAUAAGGGAGAUCAGCGACGAUGUGACGAAGAAGUGGCAGCAGCUGGUGACCUACGCAGAGGAACGCCACAAACUGGUGACCGCCUCCAUAAACUUCUACAAGACGGCCGAGCAGGUGUGCUCCGUGUUGGACAGCUUGGAGCGGGAGUACAAGCGCGAGGAUGACUGGUGUGGCGGUGGUGGCGGCAGCGACAAGGCCCAGACCAUCGUCCAGCUGAUCUCGAAGCAUCAGGAGCAGAAGGAGGCCUUCCUCAAGGCCUGCACCUUGGCGCGUCGCACGGCGGAGACCUUCCUCAAGUAUGCCAACCGAUCGCAGCAGUGCUAUCAGUACAAGGGAAACUGUGAGGCCCAUGUGAAGAGCAAACUGGACAAGCUAUUGACUCAGGAGAAUCAAGUGCUCGACUACUGGACGCUGCGCAAGAAAUCGCUGGAUCAGUGUCAGCAGUUUGUGCUCUUCGAGAGGAGUGCCAAGCAGGCAAUCGAGUGGAUUCACAAUACGGGAGAGGCAUACCUCUCCUCGCGAUCCAAUUUGGUGGGCAUAAGCAAGGAGGAAACGGAGGGAUUGCUCAAGGAGCACAACGAAUUCCGGAGCACUGCCAAGGAGACGCGUGAGAGGGUUAAGCUGCUGAUCCAACUGGCCGAUAGCCUGGUGGAGAAGGGUCAUGCCCAUGCCAGCGAUAUCAAGCAAUGGGUGGCCUCGGUGGAUCAGCGAUACAAGGAUUUCAGCAACCGCAUGGACAGCUACUGCGAGCAGUUGGAGAAAUCGCUGGGCAUGUCCCAGCAGCAGUUACUUUUGGCCUCCGAUGGCAACAGCUCGAUGAGUUCCUCCUCGGGCGUCAGCAGCGGCGAUCGCCACUCGGAUCCCACGCUGGAGGCCAAGCUGAACAGCAGCAACAAGGAGUGCAAGGAAAUCAACGAGGAGAAGCGCAAGUCGGCGCGAAGGAAAGAGUUCAUCAUGGCGGAACUGAUGCAAACGGAACGGGCCUAUGUCAAUGACCUGGCCACCUGCAUCAAGUGCUUCCUGGAGGAGUUCAGGGCGGGUAGAAAUGUGCCGCCCGCACUCAUUGGCCAGGAAGAUGUGAUAUUUGGCAAUAUCAGGGAAAUACACCACUUCCAUCAGAAGAUUUUCCUGCGAGAGCUAGAGAAGUACGAGACAAUGCCGGAGGAUGUGGGCCAUUGCUUUGUGACCUGGGCCUCCAAGUUCGACAUGUAUGUGCACUACUGCAAGAACAAGCCGACAUCGAAUAAUCUGCUGGUCCAGCACGGCGGCAGCUUCUUUGAGGAGCUGCAGCGACGCCUGGAGGUGGAUCACCCGCUGCCCGCCUAUCUCAUCAAACCGGUGCAGCGGAUCACCAAAUACCAGCUGUUACUUAAGGAUCUGCUCUCCUGCUGCGAGGAGAGCCAUGGCGAGAUCAAGGAGGGCCUCGAGGUAAUGCUCAAUGUUCCCAAGAAGGCCAACGAUGCCAUGCAUCUGUCGCUGCUGGAAAACUGUGAUGUGUCCGUGGACAAACUGGGCGAAGUGGUGCUGCAGGAUGCCUUCCAAGCCUGGGACACGAAGCAAAUCAUCCGCAAGGGCCGGGAGCGGCGUGUGUUCCUGUUCGAGAUGUAUCUGCUGUUCGCCAAGGAGGUCAAGGAUUACAGCGUAGUCAAGUACCAGUUCAAAAGCAAGCUGAUGACCACUGACAUGGGCAUCACGGAGCACAUCGAAGGCGAUGAGACCAAGUUUGCCGUGUGGACGGGUCGUUCACCCAUGCUCUCGGAUUGCAGGAUCGUUUUGAAGGCAACGAGCUUGGAAACCAAGCAGAUCUGGGUGAAGAAGCUGCGCGAAGUGAUGCAGGAGACGUGCUUCUCGGGCACCUCGUUGACCCUGCCCAAGUCACCAGCCAAACAUUCGGGCUCCUCGCAAAGAUCCUCUCGGGAUUUGGACGAACAGCUCACAGAGAACGAUCAUGAUCGCUGCUCUCUGGCUAGUUUCGGUUCGGGUAAUACCACAGAUAGUGAUAAUAAGCUGGGCAACCAGGAGGCCACAUGGGUGGUAGCGGACUACAUCGCCAGCUCGGGCACCAAUGAGCUGAGCGUGAGCAAGGGCCAGCAGGUGGAGAUUAUAGAGCCGCCCACCGCCGGCGAGCCGGACUUCUGCCUGGUGCGCCUGAAUCCACAGCACGACGAUGCCGCCGUGCAGGAAGGACUCGUCCCAGUCUCAGUGCUCAAACCGCCACCGGGCGCUCACAAACACGCUUCCGGAUCCGGAGCGAAUGCAGGUGGAGCAGCGGGCUCACAGAAAUCCGACAUGCAGGAUCAGGGCAAUCGCAACAAGGCGGAUGCCCUUUCAUCGUCCACUAAACGUCGCGGUUUUACUGGGCGCAACUGGCUGCCGCUGAUCAAUCGCAAGGGAGGAGACAAGCCGCCAAAUAGCAAACCGCUGGUGAAGAAGCCCUCGGAGAAAAACCUGAGAACACCGCAGAAGCACGCCGAGGAGCUGGCCGAGCAGCAGAAUCAGCAGCCAGGUGGCAGUCCCGCCACCUUGGUGCCAUCAUCGCAAUUCCCCAGUUCCACUCAACAUCCAGGCGGGGACUAUGAGCCGGACGAGGAGGCCGGUCUGGAGCUGCCGCCGCCCAUGAAGCCCAUUCAGGAGCCGCACCUGAUUGCCAACGGACCGCCCGCAUUUACCAAGGACGCCAAGGAGAGCUCGGCCAAUUUGGCCAACACCGGCAAAAUGGACAACAAUCCAUUAUCGGAAAUAGAGGAAAUUGUGAAGACGACAACGGAACAACACGAGUCCAACAGUCGCGUGGAUGGAAGCGGAGGAGCUGAGAAUGCCAGCACCAAUGGCCAUGGACGCUCCCAUGACAACAAUGAAGAGGGCCAGUCAAAGGGUUCGGAUAAAGCUGGUGCCCUCAAGAAGCGACAAUGCGUCUUUGCGGAGCUAGUGUCCACGGAGGAGUCGUAUGUACAGGAUCUCCGUCAGAUUGUCGAUGGUUACAUGACAGAGAUCAACAACACGAACAGUGAUAUACCCAUGCCUGAAGAUUUGAAGGGAGGCAAAAUGAAGUUGGUCUUUAACAACAUCAAAGACAUCUACGAGUGGCAUAGGGACUAUUUUCUGAGGGCCCUGCGCACCUGCCAAAAAUCACCAGCGGAUCUGGGUCCACUUAUUGCGCGCUCGGCCACCAAGUUCGCCCUGUACUACACCUAUUGCAGCAAUAAGCCGCUGUCAGAAUAUAUAGUCAGUGCCCAUUAUCAGUAUUUCGAUUGCAUACGCCAGAAGCUGGGACAUCGCCUGGAUCUGAGCAACCUGAUCAUCAAGCCGGUGCAGCGCAUCACCAAAUACGAGCUGCUGAUCAAGGAGAUCAUCAAGGCCACGGAGGGAGCCGGCUUGUACAAGGAGGUGCCCAUGCUGCAGGAGGCCUACCAGCAGAUGAAGGUGGUGGUCAAGACGGUCAACGACAUGAUGGUGGUGCUGCGCAGCCUGCAGGACUUUGAGGGGGAGAUCACCGCGCAGGGCAGUCUGCUGAUGCAGGGACCCAUGAACUGCCUGGUGGAUGCGGCGCAAAAGCACCGCGAGCUGCAGGUGUUCCUCUUCCAGCAGAUCAUCAUCUUUGCCGACAUUGAGAAGGCCAAGAAUCAGUUCACCAGCCCCACAUUCAAAUACCGAUCGCACAUACAGCUCAAUCACAUGCAAAUGAAGGAACUGGGCGACUGCCGCUUUCAAAUCAGGUCAACGGACCCCAAAAUUCCGGAGAUGACGAUCAUCUGCCAGGCGGCCUCGCAGGACAACUACGCCGGAUGGCGCGACAUGCUGAACCAGAUCCUGCAACAGCAGAACGACCUGAUCUUCAUGCUCUCCAAUCCCCUGUCGACCAAAAACAAGUGAACGCCCUCUGAGGAAGAAUUCCAAUUCCAAAUGAAAGUGCGCAAAAUGCUUGAAAGCAAGCGAGCAGCAAAUGAUAUUGUAAUGUGUUUUGGGCAAAGGGUUUUCCUUUUCGCCACCCAAGUGAGCAUUGGACUCGCACUGCUGUUCACUGAUCGUUUUGCUCACACCCAGAUACACACGCAUACUCAAUCCUAAUUUGUAUGUAACUUGUAAUUGUAAUUUAUUUAUUUGUCAUCGCCUGCGUUUCCGUUCAGUCAAUUUUUUUAGUUCCCAAUUUGAGCCGCCUUUCUGUUCUGUAUUUUUCUGCUUUUUGUUUCCGGAUUUGUGUAUAUGAAUCGCAAAGUAUUAUUUGCUCGACAUUGUGUGCAUUUUUAACUUAAUUAGACUCCUUUGCUGUUAGUUUAAGUUUUCCACAUUUGAUUUCAUAACGAACGACAGUCGAGAACUACUCAGAAUCAAAAGCAAUUUACCUUUUCGUUUCGUAUUUGUAUUCGCAUUGAACGCAGAGUAAGAGUAUAACUAUUAUAGCCUUAGUUCGAUACCUAGUUUUAGUUUAACUGCUAAAUGUUAAUUAUAGUUUAAACUUAUGAUAAUGAUUUAUGAUUUGCUUUGGAUAACUAAAGCAGAGAUUCGUGUAAUGGCACUAAUUCGAGUGCGGCAACUUCGUGAAAAUAUUUUUAAGCUUAACUUUAGUUUACGAAUGCAAUGCAAAGCGUAUUUGUACUUUAUGUUUUACAAAUAAAAUAUGUAAGCUUUAAACGUAAUCAAAACAAACCCAGAAAGAAUAAGUUUUUAACUAUCCUAAUUUUUAGUAAUGCCCAAAAUAAAUCAAAAGCCUACUCAGUUGUAUUUUGAUUUUGAUUUUAGCAACUUUUGUUCUAUUUUCAGUUAUUCUUUUCACCAGAAAAACAAAGAGAAACACAAAACAUAUAGAUUAAGCAGUCAUCAAAAAUGGAACCCUAAUACCUUAAAACUAGCACUUAAGCGAAAGCAACCUGUAUACCCAAUAUCCAGUUUUUCAAAGCAUAUUUCUCUUCGGUGUCUGUGCGUUUAUGUUAGUUGGUAGUCAGGAGACAGUAAGGAUAAUGUACAGUGUAGGAUACGAGGAUAAGUCAGAGUCAUUCAAGCUACAAGUAAGUGUCGCUCGCAAAAGCAAAAGUACUCAACCAGGACCAGGAUUUGAUUAAACGAAUAAUUGUAAAAAACACGAGACAAAGUUACUAAGCGGUUGUUCACACACACACACACACCCACACACACAUACGAUACUUUGGAAUCGAUUUUGUCUCUGAAAGCAACCAAACACACGGAUUCACCGGCUACAGUCUGGAACAUGAAUAUGAAUGCAAUUUGAAUAUAUCAAUGCGAGAAUAACAAUAAUGAUUUAGCAUAGCUAAAUGUAGGAAGCGAACAUGAAAUGUAUUUUUUUACAAAAAUUGUGAAACGAACCUCCGGCUUAAUUCGUAAUUAAUUGUUAAAGUCGCGACGAUGGAUCGGAUCGUAGGAUCGAUGGAUCGGAUGACAAGCAAACGCACAGUGAGAGGAACUCAAAUGGCCACAACAUUUUCUACAUUUUUGCACUUUACUCGUAGAGCUACUCAACUCACAGUCGAUCGAUCGCAACAUGUAACAUACUGAAUUCUUUUCGAUUAUAUUAAUGGCACUUACCGAUUAACUAAUUGUUGUACUUAAACCCCCAGUCGAAAUUCUAGAUAAUUGUGGUAAUUGAAAUGUGUGUGUUUUAGUUUAUCUAAUUACUCUAACUAAUCUAAUUAUUACUUACAAAUACGACAUUAUGUACGCCAGUGCAAUGCGAACAGCAUGAAGUAAACGUGUUAAUCUGUGUUUUAGCCAAGUAAGCAGGCAAGCUAGUCGGGCCCUCGUGGCUUUUCCCCCGGGAAAACGUUUGGAAAAUGCCAGUCGAGAUCAACAGUUGACCCCGGCGGUGGCUGAAAAUAUAAAUAUAUCCAGAAACUAAUAUGCAAAUUGUAUGUAACCAACAAAGCAUGUAAUCUGAAAUUUUCAAAGUGAAUAAUAAUAAAGCAAAAGUAGCUGAAUAAACUUAA